AUGAAGAACACCCUCCUCCUGGUGUUUGUUCACGGCUUCAAGGGCAACGACCGCACCUUCCACUCGUUCCCGCAAGAUCUCCGUGCGCUCAUCGCCCAUACCCUGCCCAAGAUCAACGUCGUGAGCGUCCAAUACCCACAGUAUGAGACAAAGGGAGACCUCCGAGCUUGCGUKUCCAAGUUCAAGGAAUGGCUGCAGAACAAAGUAAUCGACCUCGAGGUCGCAAAUCGCACCCCGUCGCCUACUGUCGAUCCCUCGGUACAUGUGAUUCUAUGCGGACAUUCAAUGGGAGGCAUCGUUGCGGCAGAGGCUCUGCUGAGCAUUGCGGGCGAUGCCCCGGUGCCUCCAUACUGUGACACCGACGGCGACUCGAAUUCCACGGCUGCACACGAUGCCAAAGACGGGACUUCACCUCCACCCAUCGAUGUGUCCAAGCUGUUCUUUCCGUACAUUGAAGCGAUUCUGGCGUUUGACACUCCGUUUCUUGGCCUCAAUCCUGGUAUCAUAGCACAUGGGGCAGAAGAAAACGGGACUUCGGCAUACAAUGCUUUCAACGCGGCGAGUUCUGUAUUCGGAUGGGGUUCGCCCACGGCUGAGACGCCGUCGCCGAGUCCCGAUGCUUCAAGCAAGGGCUUGCCGUCGCCAAGUGACGAUCCCGCCAGUCCUACCAUGCCAACAAGAUGGUUGAGAAGGUAUGCAAUGUAUGGCGGAGCUGCUGCUGCUCUCGCUGGUGUUGCAGGCGCGACUUACUACAAUUGGAAUCACAUCAACAAUGGGCUGUCUUGGGCAGGGAGCCAUUUGGAAUUCGUCGGCUGUCUCGCACGCGGUGCCGAAUUGCAGAAGCGUGUUGAAAAGGUCGUGCAGCUGGAAGAAUCCCAUGACGUAGGAUUCACAAUCUUCUAUGGUGCUCUUGGCGAGAAGACUGUGGGCAAAACAAAAUACGCCGAAACCUUUGUCGAUGCCGAUCGUACAUUCUGUGUGGUGCCCAGCAGGAAGCAAUUGGCUAGUAGAGCUGGCACAAAGCGAACCAGGCCAUCAACGGACGAGGCCACCGUGGGAGAGGAAAUGGAGCAAGGGGAGCAGGUUCAGGAUUUCGUGCAGGAUGUUGAGAAGAGAAAGGGACGUUGGGUCAAGUGUGUCAAUCAGGCUGCAACGGAUGAGAUCACUGCCCAUACCACCAUCUUUGCGGCUGAUAAGAAUCCUGACUACCACAGCAUGGUGCCACGGGCAAGGGACCAGAUAGUGGAGUGGAUUGGGGUUGAGUCGGACUGGUAUCUGAGGUCGGAUGGUGGGCAACAGGAUGAUGGCUCACCGGGUGUGGCUGCGGGCGCGGAAGAGUCUGUAGAGGAGCAUCCUGAGGAAGUUCAAGAUGAGGGUGAGGAUGAGGAUAAGGCUAUGUAUGAUGAGGAUGAUAAAGGGCGAGAAGAUGAGAUGAUGGAUGGUGAAGAAGAAGAUGCGCGGAAAGAGAGUCCGAAGCCGCCUGUUGGUGCUUGA